AUGGGACCAAGUAGCAGAUACAUAAUAUUGACCCUAACUCUGCUUUUUGCCUUUUUGGAAUUUGCAGCUUCGUGCAACGAUAACGAGUUCCAAUGCACGGGGCAACCGGAAAAGUGCUUACCAACAAUUUGGAUGUGUGAUGGGCGGAAUGACUGCGAUGAUGGGAGUGAUGAGCAUUCGGUUGCUUGUCAUCAGCAUUCGAAAGCCGGACAGGGAUGCCAUGGCGAUCAGCCGGACUGCGUUUAUUUGGGCGUGACAAGGUGUAUAAUGCAUGAAUGGCUUUGUGAUGGGCGGACAGACUGUGACAACAACUUCGACGAGGCCAAUUGUACCCAUAUCAACGUCACGAGCCCUGCAGAAACCGCGGCCAGCCUAUGCAUGUGGCCACCCGAAGAUAUUCCAGCCGGCCCAGCCGCUGCCUUUGAUAUUGUAGAAAAUGGAGCUCUUUUUCACAACGAGAAGGAAAAUACCCUCCGGUUAAUCAAAUACCGUAACGCCAAUCAGGACCCCCAGAUCGUUGAUUAUUUAUUGCCCCUAAUCCUAACGAGCAGCCACUAUUAUUGGGCGAGAUUUACGACGAUCACUGAAACUCCCUUCCGGGUAAUGGCCGUCUUGAAAAAUCAUUCCACGAAAAGCUUCGAAUUCUUUUUAUUGAUAUUGAGAGAGGGAGUUGUGGAUGUUAUACAGGAGAUUAAGACCCAGUUGAAGCCGUUUGGCUAUGAGGUCAACAUGAAUCGACUAGCGCCAGCGGUAGUCGUCGUUUCGUUUUUAUCGCGGAAGGAAAAUAAGAAAUUUAUUAAAUCGAGGAGGAGCUCGGAUCGUCAACUUUUUCUUCAACAGGUGAACAAAGAACGACUCUCCGCCUCAACCUCUGACAGCUCGAAUUCGGAUGAACAUCUCCCGAGCCGGAUUUCCGCUCAGCGCACCCUAUCCUCACAUUCUGAAAGCCACAUCUCCCAGAAUUCGCUUGAUAUCGAGAAGCCAAAGCUGGAAAAUAACUUUUGGUCGGUGAUGAUCAAGGUGUCGUUCCCGGUGUUUGACCGGAUGGAUUUGACGCUCGUUCCAUUCCGGAAAGCCAAGCUGUCCUUCAAAGUCCGCGCUCCAAGCCUUGAGCGGCCACUUCCGAUCAAGCUGAACAUGUUGACGCGGUUCUCGAUGGACUGCGAAAUCCGAGGCCCUGUAAUCUUCAAAAACAGGGCGUAUUUCCUGACCAAAUCCGACCCGCCAGCGCUGUUGGAAGCCGAGACGCGUGGGGAGGAAACCGUCGGGUAUCUGCCCAGCUUUCAAGGGUUGAGGCUGACGAGAUUACGGAAAAAUGGCGUACCCUGUGUUUGUUCAAAUACCGUGGGAAAUUGUCCGAGUGUUGCCGACGAUGCUAUUUGGAGUAAUUUACAGCUGUUGAAUGGAAAUUUGUUCAUGGCUGCUCAGAAUGACGGCGGACAAAUAUGCGCCUAUACUUUGGUAAUGAAUGAAAAUAAAUUGGUCUGGAUUGAGCAGCCAAUAAUGGACCAGCUAUCCGAUGAACACAACAUCGAAUCUAUGCAAAUUCGGGUGAAAGAAAAGGUGUCGAACGGCCAUGAAGCCUGGUAUCAACUUGGGAUUCGAGUGCGAGCAAACCGUGAAAAAUCGACCAGCAGCGAGCAGUUCUUCGCGCUGGCCAGAAUAAAAGUACCAACCCCAAAUCACAACGGGCUCGCCCCAAAU